UACAAAAUAAACUUAUUAAAAUUAAUCAGUAGCAAUGAAUUUUCCACACAAUAAAAAUUAAUACGAGGAAAAAAUAUUGACGUGCUAAUAAGAACAAGGUAUGCCCCGUUCCGGUUGUGCGUGUAAAAACUAUGACGUAUGUAGACUUAUUGUGGCAAUCAGCGGGUAAACCGGUCUCAUGUUAUCUGUAUGCAGCGCAACGAAUGAUAUGACGUUUCUUUCGUUGCGAUUACAAUAUUUUUCUUAUUGUUUAUCAAAUAAAAAAAUACUUUUGAGUUAUUUGUAAUUGUCCUUGUUUCUCUAUCUACAUAUAUAUUUAUUAGUAAUAUUGGUUUUCCUCGUUUGUUGUAUUUACCACGUCGAUUUACAUCAUCACCAUCAUCGCCUUCCUCCUCAUCCUACACCCGUAAGUAGUUCGUCAUACGUCAUUUCAGUCAUCACUGUCGUCUUAUCUUGUCACCUUUCAUGCCUGCAAUUCAGUCAUAUCUUUCUAGGUCUAAAUCUACCGGUGUACCAUUCCACACUCGUAACCAACGUUCUCCUUGUUACAUGCGAUCAUGUACAUGAAAAAGUUUUUGUAGUACUUGUAUAAAUUGCCUACAAUUUUACUAUUGUACUCAUUGAAAUAUUCAAUUGACUUGACAAUUAAAAAAGGUUUCAACCUUCUAGUAUUUCCAGUUAUUUAAAAUUUCAGCUUUCGGGAUUUCGAAAUACUUUAUAGUGUUGCAAUAAAGAUUCAUUAAAAAAUACAGCUAGCUGCAAUUCCCUUAUUUUAUUGCAACAAUGGUCCGCAAGUUACACGCCCAUAAAACAAAGGCCCUUUCGGUGCCGGUCCGUUGAAACGAGUCCUGAAUACGCCAGAACUUCGGACGUUUACUGUUCUAAAUUUAACAAAAGCUAAUUUUGUUGCAUUUUAUUGCUUUGAAAUAGGAUCAACAGCCAUUAGGGCAUUUUUUGCCACGCCUUUUAUUAGGGUGUCGUCCGAAGGCCGCGCGGCAAAAGACAAAGCGUUGACCGGAAUCAUUCGCAUAAACAACGAGACGGUCCCUUUGAAAGUUUACGAACACCGACGGCGCGGUUGCCCAGCUCUCGUCCUCUCCUCGUCAAAUGAAGUCACUAAAACCUUCAUAUUUAGCAUGAUUCACGGACAUCAGCUAAAUAAUAUUUAACGAAAAUAUGACGCGCUAAAACAGUUACAGGUGUGAAAAUUCAGAUAUGCUAACUAUUCAUUUAAUGUAGGUGAAUAACAAAUUCUGCUAUAAAUUAUUGAUGUUUACCGUUUCAAUAGCUUAUUCAAAUAGCUUUUCAUGAAUGUGAUCUUUCAAUGUUGAUCACAUUUGGAUAUUGUUGGCUACAUGUUCAUUUUAUUAUUUAGUAAUCUAGAGCUAGGCUAGAUGAAAAAGAAUGAACAAACAUUUAUUAGUUGUGAAAAUCUAUAACUAUCAGGAUAAAUAUCUUGCGAUUUAUUAAAUUUAAAUUAUGUUUGAUUUAAUUAAUUCAUACAGCACAAUAUUAGUAAUGUGUAAAUUAUUAUGAUUACCAAAAAAAUACACAAAAAAGGCCUAAAUGCGUGUACUGGCCGAAAAUAGCUCACAUUAAAUCCGCUAAUGGGAACAUGUUAUAACCCUUUCAAUGCUCGCUUAUAUUGUUUUAUUUAGGGGUCAAUGGGUAGUUUUUGCCGCGUCGCUAUGAAAAGGUUUAUGAAUCAAUUAAUUAAAUGUCGGCACGGUCAUUGUCGCUGAGCAAAUAUGGAAAUGAACUAGUUUCUAACAAUGCCGUGAUUUAUGACGACUCGUAAACAUUAUAACCAGUGUAGCCCCGAGGUGAGAAUUGCAAUGGCCCUUUUUACUCUUCUGUUGUAUAAACAAUACGCUUCCAAAAUGUAACAACGGCAUUUACAAUUGCAGGAUAGGAAUUCUCAAAACUUUAUAAACGGUUAUUGCCCAAAUCAUUGUACUAAAUUCAAUAGUGAAAACUAUUUGUUUUAUUCUCCAGUUUCUAUUAUUGUGUCGUUAAGGAGAAAGUAUAGUUGUAAACUUUAAGUAAAAAGAAUUUCAAAUUUGGUGUUUAUGUAAGUGCAACCAUUUAUUUUUUACAGCAUAUUUUUAUUUAUACAUACAUAUUUUAAAGUGUUUUAAUACAUUUUAAAUAGAGUUUGCUGUUGUAUAUGUACAGAGUACCAACUUGCAAUGGUUAUAAUCAAUUUGAACAUAGACAGUUAUAUGAUGUUACAUGAAAUUGUAGUAGUUAUUUCAUUUUUGGGAGUAAAAAUUGUAAUAAACCAUUGUUUUUAAAGUUUAUCAAUAUCUUGUAUCGUUGAAGUUGAGUCCGCGUGGGCGUGGGAGCAAGUGCUGUGGGAAUAUUCAUUGCACUGACACACUAUCUAUGACACAUUUAGGCAAGGAUCGUGCGUACUCACAUAUUUAAAUACACAUAUAAAACGUUAGUUAUUAGUGUGGAAGGGUACAGCGGUAGAGGUAGACCUAGAAAGAGAUGGAUGGAAAUGAGACAUGAUCAAGAAGGGAGUGAUGACUGAGAUGACAUGUGAUAGUUACGUGGAGGACACAAACUUGCCGCGCAGACCCUACGGGAGUAGGAUAAGGAUUCCUCCUUAUCCAUCCAUCCAUCAUCCGAUGAAGAUGAAGAUGAAGAUAAAAAGUACAGUUUCAGUCGAACACUUUUGAACAUUUUAAAUAAGUAAACAAAAGAAAACGACUUAACCUAUCGUUUUUACCGUUUUUCAGUACCACUUAAAACAUGCAGUUUAUAAGUUAAAUAUAAGUUGUGAUUUUUUUAUAUUAUCACGUUCAGUUGAAUGGAAUCAGAUUUGAUACCGAACCAUGGACCGAUACAUGUCGUGUACUAACUACUUACAAGUUUUGUGUCCGCUGAAAGUUAAAUUAUAAAGUUAGUUAAGUUACUUGUUACUUCUUACUGAGAGUAUUGAGAAGACGUCAAUGCUCUCAAAAAGAUAUUUUUUUAUAAAAGUGCAGUUAUUUAAGUUUACAAUACCUACAGGCGUCAGCAUCCGGGUAGGCCGAGACAAUGUGUCUAAUUCUAAUAGUGAAUUGGGUAAAUUUAAAAGCUCGAAACUCAUCUGCCAAUAUUUUUACAAAUUUGCUGGCACGUGAUGUGUACGUGCUUCGUAGAUGGCCGCAUGUUAUUGAUCAGGUCGACACGCGUGCGCGGUCCUUGCAGCGACUCGACGCGCACAGAUCAAACGUCCUCCUAACUGACACGUGCCUUUUUUUACAUCAAAGAUUACGAGACUUUCCCUCGUAGGCUAAUGUCUUUUUUCUUACAGUUGUUAAAAUAUAUGUUUGCAUAAAUUCUAUCACUUUGAAAGUCUAUGGUGUUUAAAUAUAAAUAUAGUUAUGUCUUUUUAUUAAAAAUGGAUGAUAUGAGCUUUAAUUUUUACAUAAGAUGUUUUGUCUAAGACGUUUCUAUGAGUUUGCUACUCCUAUAACCAUUUCAGCACUGAGAUUUUUAUAGUCCUCGUCUUCACUGCUGUUACAAGUUUUUCCAUUUUCAAAUAAGCGAAUGUAAAGCGGAUUCUUGUGAUAAACAUGCUUACUUAGUUUCGCUAUGAGAGGUAUCUAUUACUUAAGUCAAAAAAAAAACAAAACAAUAAAAAAACAUGCAGACGAAUGAAGUACCUUCUUCUUUUGGGAAGUCGGUCAAAAAUUACUUUGAUGGGAUGAUUAACGAUCCCACUUUCUAAAAUGAGAAGAAAUAUGCAAAAUCUUAAUAAAACUCAGACUAACGACAUCUGAUCUGCGAAAUCUUAAAGGGAAAUGACAGAUAAAGUUCGAAGAUAACAUAAAUCUACUGCACUUACAAUAAUGGGGAUAAAUAUCCAACGUUGAUGUUAACAAAACUUGCUAUAGAUCACUUUAAGUGACAGUAUAAGGAUAGGAUGUCGCAACAAUACCGACACUCAGAGAGCUGGUUAUCGGCCUUCGAUCGUUAAUCGAUACCUUUCGAAUGUUUUGUUCAUCUUUGCAAUGCCUUUUGUUAAUUUACUUAUAGCACUGCACAAAAGCUUGCGCUGUGCUUUUAAGUUAUCGGGCGAUAUAGUAUUUAAGCCUAAAAGAACAUUCACUAGUUUUAUGCUUACUGAAUAGGCUAUUUCUCAAUAUUACUUAUUGUAAUAUCGAUUUAUGAACGUAAUUUCUUGCAAUCAUUCGCGAUAUUUUCCGCAUGAAUUAUGAAAAACCCGAAAUUGGUACGUCGGACAAGAAACUACAUUUGUAUAGUAAAAUAUUGAUACCAGUUCAAUAGAAAACUCAGUUUUCAAGGCUCAUUAGAGAAGGCAAGAUUAUAUGUUACGUAAGUAUAUGUUGAACAGUUACUCCCCAUUCGCACGGGAGCUUUAAUAACGGGCGUUAAAAAAGCGUUGAGAUAGAAGUACUGCAUUUCCAUUAAAUUUCCGUGUAUCAUCUGUUCACACGGUAGCACUUUUAAAGUGCAACACUUUUUUAUCGCUUCGUGUUGGGCGGACGAAAAAUUGUGGUUUUUCAAACCUAUGAGCGAAAUGCGUUGGUAUGAGGGAGCGCGUUAAUAAAUCGCCCACGCGAAUGACGACUUAGCUAGGCCUAGUGAAUUUUAAUUUAAUGUACAAUUUAAAUAGCAUGUCUUACCUGUAACAUAUAUAAAUUUCUUUCUUUCAGCAAGUCAAUAAAAUCGUAACAACAUUAACUGCACAGCGUACUUUAAAAACAGAGCUAUUAUCUAAAAAAUAAUGGUAUAAAAGUAAUAUAACAAUGGAGAGUACCAAUAUCAUAACGUUAUAAAACGUCAUUGAAUGUUAUCCAGAUGCUAAUAACUGUUGCAAUAGAGACCUACCUAUUUACGCUUUUUAUUUUAUUUUAUACUGACAAAAAUAUCGCAUUUCAUUUGAUUUGUAUCAGUUGACAGGGCUGACUCCCCUUAUGUUCCCCCCUCGUAAGCAUAUAUAGUACAUUUAUCUCGCUACAAAAGGAACAAAGGCUCCGUUACAAAUAUAUAAAACACUCGAAACGCCGAAAGAGCAUAAUGCCCAUCAUUAUAAAUUCAUGUGCUUUGUCGUUUACAGUAUUUAUUUUGAUACGUUUCGAGGGGAGAAAACCCUCUUAACGCUCGAAAGCUCCCGAAAUCGCGUAAAGAAGGCGUAAGGGCGAGUGGGGCGGUGUCCGGGGCUCACGGGAUUGGUUCUCCGCCGCCCCACCAUGGAGAGCUCCGCCCUGGUGGAAAUCUUCACGGAGCGAUCGUGCGGACGGACAUUUAGUAAGCGCAUGCCACCGUUGUCAGUUAGACGUGUUAACCGUUUACUUUUCGGAAUACUGAAUCAUCGUUUCGUCUGAGUCAGUGCGGAUUGUGAUGUUUGUCGUUGUUUGUGUGUAAGAACAUCGUGUUUGUUAUGCACGCUAUGGGCGACCCCGCUGCAUUGGCCGGCAUGUUACCCUUCGACUCGAUAGGGCUGUACGAGCAGCCGAAGCCUCGCUUCAUCUUUAAGAUGCCACGGGUAGUUCCUGAUCAGAAGGCCAAGUUCGAAUCCGAUGACUUGUUCAAGAGACUGAGCAGGGAGAGCGAGGUGAGGUACACUGGUUACCGCGACCGUCCGCCAGAGGAGCGGCAGAUGCGGUUCACCGCCGGCUGCCGCGAGGGACACACGGAGAUCGCCUUCAUAUCAACCGGCACCAACUUACAACUAGUCUUUGACCACUCGCCUUACAACAACCGUGGGUGCGACUUUCAGAAGGAAAACGGCAAGGUACACAUCGUAUCUCGAUUCAUAAUGAAUGGUGUUUGCGUCCGAUGGAGAGGAUCGAUCGAUUUAGAGAAGCUUGAAGGGAUCGGAUGUUUGGAGCUUGAUGAAGAGAGAGCGGCUAUCGAGGAUGCAGCUUUGAGAGACCAGAUUGAACGUUAUAACCAGAGGCUGAGGGACUUCGAAGACAAGCAACGCGCCUACCGCGAGCAUGGGGAGGAGUUGCGCGCGCAUUCUCACGUACAUGCGCAGCGUUUCCACCAGUCACGACAACCACCCCACGGAGCCAACCCCACGCACCCCCACGCUGCACACCCUGUACACAUUAAGCCCCAUUCCCAAGGAGCUCUUAUAUCAUAAACAGUGCCAAAUUUGGGUACUUCAUGGAGCCAUAAGAUUGUAAGAUGUUUUCGUAGUUGUAACGACGUUGAUGUCUUUAUUAAGAAAGUUGCGAUAUUUCAUCUCCUUGGUGUAAGCUAUCGGUAAAUAAUUUUGUGUUAGCAAUUGAAACUUAUAUAGUUAAGUCAAUGAUAAUAACCAAAUAGUCAUGCCUAAGAAACAAUACUUACGAUCAUUUUAUAAACUCGGUUUUAAGAUUCCAACGUAGUAUUAUCGCAAUAAAAUCACGCAAAUACCAUAUAAGGUAGAGGUUUUCUGUCACAUUUUAAUUUUUUUCAAAAUGUUCAUGUAAAAAAUUUCAAUAUUAUACUAAGUUGUAUUAUAUUUUGUAGAAUGUGCAAUAAUAAUUACAUAAAAUAUAUGCAUUUAUAAAAAAAAAGAAAUUCAAUAAAACUAUUUCGCGUUCAACAAUAUCGGAUAUGCCAGAACUGCAUUGGAUUUUGGACUGACAUAAAGUACCUACAUUCGUGUGAUAUGUUUUUGCACAACCCUGAUUGCUUAUUAUGCAUUUGUUUAGUUGUAAGUUGUAAUGUUUUUGAUUUAAUUCAAAGUACAUGUUAUUUAUUUUUAAGCGGAAAUUUAAGAGAAUUACAACCCAAUUAUUGUGAUAGAUGUAAAUAAAUCUUUAGUUAUU